AAUCUUGGGUUAUCAGUUAGAAGUUUGAGAACAAUUAUACGAAAAGAACUUCAACUGAACUUUACUAACUUAAGACUCAGGGAGAGUGACACAAGUCAGUCCAUCUAUCAUCAUUCUAUCAUGCAGGAGGAGCCACAUGUCUAUGGUACAUCCAACAAGAUAAGCCGACUCUUGGAUGUCACUACCGCCCGGCUCCGGCUGGGUUAUAAGUAUCUAUGUUUCUCGACGUUACGUUAAGAACAUAGUGAAGGUGAUACUGAUAGUGACACUGUUAGUGGUGGUCAUGACCACCAUACUACCCUCCCUCACCACUCACUAUCACCACAAUCAUCACUAUCAACAACCUAGUGAGGGUGAGAGUCAUCACAAUGAACGUGAGGUGAAUGUUCAUCAAGGUGACAGUGACGUGACUACUCCUGAUAAUGAAGAUAGUGUAGACAGUAGUAGCGGUGACACCAUCAAUCAGACUAUCACUGCUGGCAAGGAAAUACUUAGUACUAGAAAUGCAAGAGUUGUCUGCACUAAUAACUACGAUAACAAGGAGGACGUUGAUGUUAUCAAGACCACCAGUGAUAACUCACAUCAUAUUAUCAAGACUACCAUUGAUAACUUACGUCAAGUUAUCAAGGCCACCAUUGAUAACUUGCGUCAAGUUAUCAAGACCACUUGUGUUAACUUGGAUCAAGUUAUCAAGAGAAGCAGCAAUAACUUGGAUCAAGUUAUCAAGAGAAGCAGCGAUAACUUGGAUCAAGUUAUCAAGAGAAGCAACGAUAACUUGGAUCAAGUUAUCAAUCAUCUUAGUCCGAAGACCAACCAGGUGCUUGUUGCAGAGGAACCAUCAACAUUCAUUCCUAACGACCCGGAUACAUCUCGAGGAAUGAAGCCAGCUACUAUCCCCAAGAGAUUCUUAAUAGAAGAGCCAGAUUACUGCCAGAAGCGGCCGGGUCUACAGAUCAUAGCUUACGUUCACUCGUCUAUCAUGAGAGUCGAAGAGAGGAACGAUACUCGCUCCACCUGGGCCAACGCCUCAGCCUACGACCUAGGUGAUAUUAGUGUGAAAGUAGGCGCUGUGUUCAUGGUGGGACGACCCAAGAACGACGAGGAACGAAACAUUAUUCAGAAGGAGAGCCAACAGUACCACGAUAUUGUCCAGGGUGACUAUGGUGAUCACUACCGUCUCUUGAGUUACAAGGGCCUGGCCAGCUUGUACUGGAUCAACAGACAUUGUCGUGAUGUACCGUGGACACUGCACUCUGAUGAUGAUACACAUAUUGACAUCUUCCUGUUCUACAGAGCUCUGAAAGAGCUCGAUCCCAUCUCCAAGCAGCAGUUUAUAUGUAGCCACAUGUAUGGACCAGUGCUGAGAGAAGGAAGGUGGAAAGUGAGCCCUGAGGAGUAUCCAGAGAAGGAAUAUCCUCUGUAUUGCUCAGGAGGAGUUUGGUUCCUGCAGACCAGGCUCAUAUCUUUUCUACUACAAGCGUCAAAGGUCGUUCCGUAUCUCUGGGUGGACGAUGCCUACAUCACCGGUGUCCUGGCCGUUAAGGCUGGCAUAAAGCGACUUGGAUUUCACGAUUUCUACGGUAACCAUGAAUCCAACCACACAGUUAUUGGUCACCAGGUGGCCUGGUUCACCAAGGCUUUCUCCAGAUGGUCCUGGUGGACACAGAUAGUCAACUAUCACAGAAAUCAUUCCUUGCACAAUCCCCCAACGUUAAUUCCUAUAGGGAAAUUUAAUCCUGGAAAAUAUAGGAAUGACAUUUAA